AUGACCCAUGAUGUGAAAAAGAAGAAUGACACUGAUUUCAGGGCAAAGGAGUUCCAAGUCUUGGUAGCCACAGAGUCGUACAAGGUUGGCACACAUAGCCCACAUGUGGACAAUAUUUUCAGGGUAGGUUGCAUGCGGAAUCUUAGUGUUAUCAUCCAAGAAUUUGGCAGAGCCGGAAAGAGUGGUAACAGCGCUGAUCGCUUUCUUCUUAUUAACGAAUCGAAAGACGACCAACGUUUGGCUUUCUGGACUAAAGGCUGUACAAAGAAUGAAGAUGAACUCUUAAUAGAACAAUUUGUCCAAUCGUGGUGGCGGAUAUACUCUAUUUACACUGGUAGAUAUUUAAAUUAA